CAGCUGGUGUCAGGCUUAGGGUUUUACCAGUGUGAGCAGCAGUGUCUCAUUGGCCCUGUAUUGAUCAGCGAUCGUGAUGGCUAAGUGGGGUGAAGGAGAUCCUCGAUGGAUAGUAGAGGAGAGAGCUGACGCCACCAACGUCAACAACUGGCACUGGACAGAGCGAGAUGUGUCCUCCUGGUCCUCGGAGUGCCUCCAUCAGUUGCUGCUCGGUGUGCAGGUGGAGGGACCUGAGGGUGUCUGCCAUCUGACCGAAGUCACUAAGCUGGAGGGAGAAGCUUCCAUCAAUAACCGCAAAGGGAAGCUCUUCUACUUCUACGAGUGGCAGCUGAGACUCAGCUGGCUGGGGAUGUCCUGCAGGGGAGUGAAGUUCAGAGGAACUAUUGAUGUGUCCAACCUGUCUGACGAGAAUGACGAGGAUGACCUGGAUAUCUGCGUGGCUCUCUGUAAAGACCAGCCCAACACACCUCUCCUGGACCUCAUGAAGACCUCCGGCAUCCAGGAGGUUCGCAGGGUUCUGGGCGAGUAUGUCCAGCGGCUCAAAUCAGAGUUUGGUCAGGGAAUGAUUCUUCCCACCACCAACGCACUGAAGCAGCAUUCAUCUGUGUCGACCAAGAAGAAUGAGGUUAAGACCAAUAAAACCCAAAUUAGCCCCGCCCCCAAGUGCUCCUCCAGUACCGCCCCCUGUCCCACAGGUGAUCGUAACCAAACCUGCAGUUUCGAUCUGAAAGAAACAUUCCAGACCAACGCUCAUGAACUCUACAGGACAUUCAUCAGCCAAGAGGUGAUCCAGGUGUUUUGUUUUGUUUUUUUCUUC